AUGUCCAGUUCCUUGGAACGCUUAAUGCAGCUCCAUGGGCUUGCGGAGGAAAGGUUCUUAGACCACGGCAGUAUGAGCAUGGUGGAAAGAAGUCCAGAAGCUGCCAUCACUCCAUCAGCCCGGGCUCCCUUGGAUAUGCCACUGUUUUCCACAGAGAAGGCCACCAGCCUGCCGGAGGAAAAAGCAACGCACCAUGAGCAGAUCGAGCCGAAGAGACUUGAGGAAGAGCUGAGCAAGGAGGAUUUUCUGCCUCCCACUCCUACCACACCAGUUUCAAGGGAUUCGCACCUUGCAACCCUAGGUGCCACCACAGAAAAGGGUGCAGAAGUCACAGCUGGUGGCCUUGAGAAAGAACCCAUGGUGCCUCUGACUGUGUCAGGGAGAAAUUCCAAAAAUGACCCAGACUUGUCGGCGCAAAGGGUUUCUGAUCUCAAGACCCGCAUCCUAGAAGCACAGCAAGGUAACAAGGUGGAGAGGAAAGGUGAAAAAGCAAGCGCUAUGAAAAGCAAGGCAGCAAAGAAAAAACAGAUUCAAGACGAGAACCCGUUGGCUCCUGAGUCUGACCUUUCAGAAAAUGAUGCCUUCGACAGUGAUGAAGACAUUGCCACUCGUGACAAGAAGGCUGGGCUAUGCUGGGCUGCCCUCCGGGGAUCUGUGAUCAAGAUUUCAGUUACAGACAAGAAGCCUCCAGUGACCAGGCAAAAAAAGAGAGGUGAGGUCAAGGGACCCGAGACCGUUGAGAAGCCGACAGAGGUGGACAAAACAGGUGAGAAACCGAUGACUGAGGCUGAUGACAAGACAGUUGACAAAACAUGUGAGGCAGCCGAGAAAGCUCAGGAAGCAAUCCAGAGCACACCAGAGGAGAAACCGCCCAGUGCCCUGGCUAAGUCCAUCCAGCUGGCUGUGCAUGGUGCCCCGAAGCCUGACACAGGCUUGGCAGACCCAAAACCCAAGCGCAAAGGCAGGAAGCCAAAGGAUGAAGCAGAGAAAGCUGAGGAUGCAAAGCCCCCUCGCAAACGUGUGAAGGCAGCAGCAAAGCAACAGACAGACAGCACCAGUGCCACCAAGGAGAAGGAAAAUGAGACCAUCACCGCCGCCUGUCCAGAAGCCAAAGAUGGGAUUUCGAAGACACAGGAUCCUGUGAGUGGCCCCUCGGCCAAUGACACCAACAACGCUUCUGAGAAGGAUGUCGCAGGUGAGGAGAAGGAUGGCCCUUUGGAGCCAAAGGAAGAGAAAGGUGACAGCAAGGAGAGUGCCAAGAAGCCGCCUGCCACCCAGAGGACGGGCAGGAAGAGAAGAUCAGAGAAGGCCAAGGAUGAGGACACUGUGGAGAAAAAAAAGUCCAAAAGCGCAGGUUCCAAAGAGAGUGAGCCUGAGGACAAGAAGGAGGAGGAAGCAACAGAAGAGAAGAAGGUAGCAAAGAGUGGUGCUUUGGGCCACGCUGGCAUGCGGGAGAACUACUACAGGCAUCUCACUGAAGCCAGAGAGAGAUUGAGCAAGGAGAACCCUGGGAUGAGCAAGUACGAGGUGUGGAAGUCUCAUCCCGAACGUCUCAAUCACAUGAAGAACCUUGAUGCUUCGGAGUUGUCACGACGACGCCUGGUGCCCGCCAAGAGGUCCAGGAAGCAGAAGAAGGAAUCCGUACCUGGUGCAGCUGAGGACAGCAAUGCUGCGGGGAACAAUGCUGCGGCCAUGCCCAGUGAACCCGUUGCUGUUGAGUCGAAAAAUGACUAA